UUCUAGACUCAUAGCAGAAGAGAGAGUGAUAAGAAAAAAUGGGUAGAGGGAGGGUUGAACUGAAGAGGAUAGAAAACAAAAUCAACCGGCAAGUUACUUUCUCAAAAAGAAGAAAUGGUUUGCUGAAAAAAGCCUAUGAACUCUCAGUUCUAUGUGAUGCUGAGAUUGCUCUUAUCAUUUUCUCAAGUCGUGGAAAGCUUUCUGAAUUUGCAAGUUCAACUUCAGGCAUUGGCAAAACCCUGGAACGAUAUCAGAGAUGCUCUUUCACUUCUCAAAAUGAUAAUGUUAAUGAACAUGAAACUCAGAACUGGUACCAGGAGAUGUCAAAGCUAAAGGCAAAGUAUGAGUCACUUCAAAAGUCACAAAGACAAUUGCUAGGGGAAGAUCUUGGACCAUUGAACAUGAAAGAGCUACAAAAUCUUGAGAAGCAACUUGAAGGAGCUUUAGCACAAGCUAGGCAGAGAAAGACACAGAUUAUGGUUGAACAAAUGGAAGAGCUUAAGAGAAAGGAACGCCAUCUUGGAGACAUAAAUAAGCAACUUAGGUUCAAGCUUGAAUCAGAUGGAUUUAAUCUUAAAGCUAUUGAAAGCUUGUGGAGUUCUACUCAUUCUGCUACUGCUGUUGCUGGAGGAGGCAACUUUCCUUUUCAGCCUUCUGAAACCAAUCCCAUGGACUGCCAAACUGAACCUUUCUUGCAAAUAGGGUACCAAAACUAUGUUCAAGCUGAAGCAUCCAGUGCUCCAAAGAACAUGGUUGGUGAGACUAGCUUUAUCCAAGGAUGGAUGCUAUGAUUAACUUAUUAGAGUACAUAUAUGUUUAUUACCUUAUUGUCUAUAGACUUUUUAGAAUGGACUUUUUCAUUUCUCAAGUUGUUGACAAAAUAUAUCUUAAUUAUAUGUGUAAUGGGAUACUGAUAUAGACCUUGAUUUUACUCUUUGAA